AUGCGUUUGACAUUCCCACGGGCCAUAAAACAGGAGGCAAAAAGCAAUAAUACAGCUACCUACACGCUAUCUAUCUAUCUAUCUAUCUAUCUAUCUAUCUAUCUAUCUAUUGUAGUGGACGACAAUACUAAACGAUUUUUAGUUGUGUGCAAAAAUUUUCUUCCUUUAUUUCUAUUAAUUCUUUUAUUAAAUUUUCCUUUCUUCUACUUCUUUUCAUUCUUCUUUUUCCUCAUCAUUCCAAUUUAUUUUAUUGCGUUUUUCUCCUUUUCUUACCACUUCAUUUCAUCUGUCUUCUUUUUUCUCGCUUCGUUUCAUAUCUGUUUCUUUCUUAUAUCUUUAUUAUAUGUUCCUCUCUUCCAUAUGAUUUUAUUCCGUCUCCUUCUUCCUGUUCCCAUUUCUUUUAGUUCAUUUUUCUUCAUAUUUCCAUUCUUUUAUUCUGUCGUUCUGCUGCAUUAUCCGCCAUGGCGACAUUAG